CUACGUAAAAAGUGAUGAAGUUGAAGAUGAAUAACUGCAAGUCAUGAUGCAGCAUAAACUAUAGCGACGAGGAACACGAAAACAAAAACCGAAUUGUACGAUAAGACAUAGAUAUCAUCAAAAAAAUGGACGAAGCGAGCAAGGCCUGGCUGAACGUGCAGCACUUUGACACGUUGACUGCACCUCUAUACGAACUGGGCGGCAAAUGGAGAAAGAUCGAAACUUCCGUCACCCAAACCCAAGCUUCUCAAAGCGGCACAACGGCGGCAACCGCGACGACCGCAUCUUCCUCGUCUAGCACAUCGUCGGCUACCUCCGCGUCGUCCUCUUCCGUGGCUGGCAGUGCAGCCGGCGCGCAGGCAGUUCAGAAUCAGAACAAGAAUACCAACAUUGUGGAAAUCACACUGCACGAUGUAGGACACCUUUCCCGGAUGGACUGCCUAGUCUUCCAGAAUUGGUACGGCUCCGUCCUCAACCUGUACGAGGUUGGACCGCAGCAGCGCGAAAAGCUGAUUCUUCGCGAUUACCGCAUGGUGAAAUACCCCAGUUUCGAAACGGAUCAGCAAAGCUACUUUGCCAUCUACCGGUCGCAGCUAGACACCACGGAGUUCUUUCACCGCUCUUCGCACAAUCGCAACGUGAAGCUCCGGGCCAAGCUGACGCAGGAGAGUCCGGUCUGGGGGCAGUGCAGCGUGCGGCACAUCGCGGCGUACCGCUUUGAAAAAGGCCAGCCGAGCAGGACCGAGCAAGAUCUUCUGGCCGCGCAGCAAGCCGGGGCUGCGGGCGCCGGUAGUGGAUCGCAAAGCGACUCGCAGGGCAGUAGCUACGCGCCAUCAACAACGUCUGGGGCGGCGGGGGCAGGAGGAAGUGUAAUUGCAAGCGGUGCAACUAGUACCACCGGAGGCGGCAGCGGUGCAGGAGCGGUUGCUUCUAGUGCACCAACAACUAAGAAUAGACCUCUAGUACAACUACCUCGUCCUCGCGAUCAGUACGACUUGGAUUUAGUGGAGCUUGCUGCUCGGUUCUCCGUGAACCCGACCAAAAACCCUGCGAGUGCUGGUGGUACCAGCUCCUCGGCCCUGGUUUCGGAAAGCGACCCGGAGCAGCAAGCGUCCGCAGCAGAAACGGGAGAGAUUUGGGACAUUGUGAUGGCCACUGGUUCGGAGUGGCGCCGGUAGAAAGUGGAGGCUCUUCUGGCAAGUGUGGACGACUACAUCAUAGAACGUACGAGCAUGAUAUGUUCUUUUUGCUCUGCCUCCAAAUUGCAAUGAAUGCCGGGAAUAUGCUGAUGCUACAGCUGCUCCGUAUGAUUCAGACCAAUAAGGUCAACCUCAAGUAAAGGUAAGGCACAGACUGCAAGCGAGGAAAGACCGCAACCCUGUCCUGCGCUUUUGUAUACUGCAACAUGAAUUAGAAUUUCUUGAAGAUGUGCUCGAGCGACGAG